AUGUACGAGAACGCGGGUCCCAUCUCGAUGCUUUCCGCCUUCUUGGCGCAAUCUGAACGGAACCCACAUCGCCAGCCUCAGGAGUCGGAAAACGGGGACGAUCCAGAUCGUGAGGUUGCAUCUACACUUGGGUGUGACCUGUCCCGGUUGAUCUACGAUCAAUCUGAAGAUCUGUCAGUGGUGGUCGAAUACCUGUUUCAGCAUCGGGUGACAGGCAUUCGAUCAAGAUGA